CUCGGCACACCGCGGCGGCGGCGGGGGCGGGUGGCGAGGGGGAAGGGGCCCGGGAGCUAGGCCUGGGCAGCCUGCCGGCCGCGGCGACGCGCACGCAGGCCUCUCCCCGGCCUCCUCCCUGACGCCGGCCGCAGGGCGGGCGCGCACGCCGAGUGACGCUUGGAGGAGGAAGCGCAGUGCCCGUCCCCUCCCUCGCCGCCCCGGCCCAGCGGGAGCCCCCCCAGUGCGCCUGUGCGGAGGCCUACUUGAUUAUGUGUGCCCUCUCGGGGCGCCAGCGUUAGCGGCCGGGUGGAGGUGGGGAGGGACGACGACCAGGAGGAGGAGGAGGAGGUGGUGGAGGAGGAGGCGGAGGCGGAGGAGGCGGUGGAGGGGAGGUGGGGGGAGUCAGCAAGGACAUGGCUCCUGACUCCUGUGCGGAACGUGAGUGACUGAGCGGCAAAGCCUGAAUGGUCUCUAGCGACCGGCCCGUGUCACUGGAGGACGAGGUCUCCCAUAGUAUGAAGGAGAUGAUUGGAGGCUGUUGCGUUUGCUCAGACGAGAGAGGCUGGGCCGAGAACCCGCUGGUUUAUUGCGACGGGCACGGCUGCAGCGUCGCGGUGCAUCAAGCUUGCUAUGGCAUUGUUCAAGUACCCACUGGACCAUGGUUUUGCAGAAAAUGUGAAUCCCAGGAGAGAGCAGCAAGAGUGAGAUGUGAACUAUGUCCCCAUAAGGAUGGAGCUUUAAAAAGAACAGAUAAUGGGGGUUGGGCUCAUGUGGUUUGUGCCCUGUAUAUCCCAGAGGUACAGUUUGCCAAUGUUGCUACAAUGGAACCAAUCGUUUUACAGUCUGUUCCUCAUGAUCGUUAUAAUAAGACUUGCUACAUUUGUGAUGAACAGGGACGAGAAAGCAAAGCAGCCACUGGUGCUUGCAUGACAUGUAAUAAACACGGAUGUAGACAGGCUUUCCAUGUAACUUGUGCACAGUUUGCUGGACUGCUUUGUGAAGAAGAAGGCAAUGGCGCAGACAAUGUCCAAUACUGUGGCUACUGUAAAUACCAUUUUAGCAAGCUGAAAAAGAGCAAACGGGGAUCUAAUAGGUCAUAUGAUCAAAGUUUAAGUGAUUCUUCCUCUCACUCUCAGGAUAAACAUCAUGAGAAAGAGAAAAAAAAAUAUAAAGAAAAGGACAAACACAAACAGAAACACAAGAAGCAACCAGAACCAUCGCCUGCACUGGUUCCAUCCUUGACUGUUACUACAGAAAAAACUUAUACAAGUACUAGCAACAACUCGAUAUCUGGAUCAUUGAAGCGGUUGGAAGAUACCACAGCCCGAUUUACAAAUGCAAAUUUCCAGGAAGUGUCCGCACACACCUCUGGUGGAAAAGAUGUUACCGAAACUCGAGCAUCAGAGAGCAAAGGAAAGAAAUCUUCAGCUCACAACUCAGGUCAGCGGGGCAGAAAGCCUGGUGGAGGCCGGAACCCUGGGCCUGCUGUGUCCGCAGCCAGCCCCUUUCCGCAAGGGAAUUUUUCAGGAACUCCAGGCAGUGUCAAAUCAUCUUCGGGGAGUUCUGUGCAGUCUCCCCAGGAUUUCUUGAACUUUACAGACACAGAUCUGCGUAAUGACAGUUACACUCACACCCAACAGUCAUCGUCAACCAAAGAUGUCCAUAAAGGGGAGUCUGGAAGCCAGGAGGCGGGGGUAAAUAGUUACAGCUCCUUAAUUGGUCUGCCGUCCACAUCAGCUGUUAUAGCUCAGCCUAAAAGCUUUGAAAAUUCACCUGGAGAUUUGGGUGGUUCCAGCCUGCCCACAGCAGGAUAUAAACGGGCUCAGACUUCUGGCAUAGACGAAGAAGCUGUCAAGGAAAAGAAAAGAAAAGGAAAUAAACAAAGUAAGCAUGGGCCUGGUAGACCCAAAGGAAACAAAAAUCAGGAAAAUGUUUCUCAUCUCUCCGUUUCUUCUGCGUCACCAACGUCAUCUGUAGCAUCAGCUGCAGGAAGUAUAGCAAGUUCUGGUCUUCAGAAAUCGCCUACCUUGCUCAGGAAUGGAAGUUUACAAAGUCUUAGUGUUGGCUCAUCUCCAAUCGGUUCAGAGAUUUCCAUGCAGUAUCGGCAUGAUGGAGCUUGUCCAACAACUACUUUCUCAGAGUUGCUGAAUGCAAUACAUAAUGGUAUUUACAACAGCAAUGAUGUAGCAGUAUCAUUUCCAAAUGUAGUGUCUGGCUCAGGAUCUAGUACUCCUGUCUCCAGUUCCCAUGUACCUCAGCAGUCAUCGGGGCAUCUCCAGCAGGUGGGAGCGCUCUCUCCCUCAGCUGCAACAUCUGCAACCCCUGCUGUUGCUACAACUCAGGCAAAUCCUCUGACUGGAGCCUCUCUCGGUCAGGCACCAUCUCAUAUGUAUGGCAAUAGAUUAAAUACAACUUCAUCCAUGGCAGCUCUUAUAGCCCAGUCUGAAAAUAGUCAAACAGAUCCAGAUCUUGGAGACAAUAGCCGCGGCCUGGUCGGCAGAGGAAGCUCACCCCGAGGAAGUCUCUCCCCACGAUCGCCUGGCAGCAGCUUACAGCUUCGCUAUGACCAACCAGGCAGCAGCAGUUUAGAAAAUCUGCCUCCAGUCGCGGCGAGCAUCGAGCAGCUUCUGGAGAGGCAGUGGAGUGAAGGCCAGCAGUUCCUGCUGGAGCAGGGGACGCCUAGUGACAUUUUAGGUAUGUUGAAAUCAUUACACCAACUACAAGUUGAAAAUCGAAGAUUAGAGGAGCAAAUUAAAAACUUGACAGCCAAAAAGGAGCGUCUCCAGUUACUAAACGCACAGCUUUCAGUGCCUUUUCCAACAAUUCCAGCAAACCCUAGUCCAUCUCAUCAAAUUCAUGCAUUCUCAGCACAGACUGCCCCUACUACUGAUUCUUUGAACAGCAGUAAGAGCCCUCAUAUAGGAAACAGCUUUUUACCUGAUAAUUCUCUUCCUGUUCUAAAUCAGGACUUAACCUCCAGUGGACAAAGCACCAGCAGUUCAUCAGCUCUCUCAACCCCGCCUCCUGCUGGGCAGAGUCCAGCUCAGCCAGGCUCAGGAGUCAGCGGAGUCCAGCAGGUCAAUGGUGUGGCAGUGGGCGCGCUGGCCGGUGGGAUGCAGACUGUGACAUCCAGCCUUCCUGCUGUGUCUGCAGUGGGUGGAAUAAUUGGAGCUUUGCCAGGAAACCAACUGGCAAUCAAUGGCAUUGUGGGAGCUUUAAAUGGGGUCAUUCCAACCCCUGUCACGAUAUCCCAGAACCCAGCCCCUCUCACACACACAACUGUACCACCUAAUGCAACACAUCCAAUGCCAGCUACACUGACUAACAGUGCCUCAGGACUAGGAUUACUUUCUGACCAGCAAAGACAAAUACUUAUUCAUCAACAGCAAUUUCAGCAGUUAUUAAAUUCUCAACAGCUUACACCAGAACAGCAUCAAGCCUUUCUCUACCAGUUAAUGCAACAUCAUCACCAGCAGCACCACCAGCCUGAACUGCAACAGCUGCAGAUCCCUGCGCCAACCCAGAUUCCCAUCAACAACCUUCUCGCAGGUACUCAGGCGCCCCCGCUUCACACAGCCACUACCAACCCAUUCCUGACCAUUCAUGGAGAGAACCCAAGUCAGAAAGUCACACGACUUAGUGAUAAAACCGGGCCUGUGGCUCAAGAGAAAAGUUGACACUUGAAAAAACAUCCAGAAAUCGCCUCCCCUGCUGUUCUGGUACACUUUGUUGGCUGCCGCUGCAGUCUGUUUACUACAGCUGUGAAGAAAUUCAACAAGAGACUAACCACACAACACAGGAUUAGUUGCCACAAGCAUGUUCUUGUAAGGCUUUAAUUUUCUUAUUGCUCUAUUGCACCGACAUGGAAUUCCCAGACUCCCUGACCCACAUCUUUUGAUCUGUCAAAGAAAAUUUAGUAAUUCUGUCAAUGAAUUUAUAUGCAAUGAGUUUUUCCACCCAAAAAAUUUUAUAGCAAAACUAGAUGUGCACCAACUACAUUAAAUUGGAAUUGUGAACAAAGCUAGACUUGUUCCGUUUACGAGCUACUUCAUUUUACAAAUUGGAUAUGAAAUAGGAUCUUCUGUUCACAUUAAAAUAUGCUUGCUCUCAGAGUCAGAUCUCAAAACAAAUUUCAAGGGAUUAAUUUCUUCUGGACUUUCACUGGUUAAAUAUUGCAAAUAUUUAAUAUAGAUCAUCAACUAGUACUUGGCAAUCUUUGUUUAAACAAUUUCCUUCUAAUGGGAUUUGGCCCAUUUUGGUAAUCAAGUUAGGAUGGUAUUGUCUGCUUCUGCUACUGGCAGUUUCCUUUUGCUAAGUGCUUUUUCUUUAGUGUUAGGAUCUAUUCAGAAUUUUUAAAAAGUCCUUGAGUUCUAAGGCUGCUGGGGGAAACGAGGUCAAUGAAAGCAGAAGACUUCUUUUGGAAGGAGAGGCCACCCUGGACACUGCUGUGGGGUUGGCCUUCACAAGUGCCUGCAUUGUUGUGAUGGCUCCAGACAGCAGAGCUGAGCUACAGGGAGUCCUGGGGAAGCAGCACCAGCGGCCUUCCCCAUGCUCCCGCCUUCACUGAAAACUUUCUAUGCCACUGUAGAUAGCUCAGGCAAAACCAGUACUUGGGGAUUUAUCCACUAAUGAGUCACAAGAAAAUGAGUGGACUUUGGUAAGAAUAUAUGUUUGUUUUAUUUAAUCUACUUCCCAUUACUGACCAUUUAAACAAGCCAACAGAACAACAAAACCAACCAACACAAACACACCACUACCUUCCUGGAACAGGUGAGACCUAAAUUACAGCCUGUCUACUUUGGGUAGCCACGCUCUUGCUGUGAGAUAUGGCAGAGGGGUAAAUUAAACAACUGGGGAUGUGAUCAUCGGACUGUUGUUAAUGUGUGGAUUAUUAGUGGAAGAGACCCAGCUGUAAUUAGACCUCCACUGUGUGCUUAGCUGGAAGAACAUGUUAAUUCUGCAAUAUGUCUCUUGGUUAAACAUUGCACAGUUCUUACCUCAUCUCUGUAAAUAAGGUUUUGUGAAUCUGUUU